AUGGCAGCUGGCUUUAAGAUACCUCUUCUGUCGGAUCCAACACCCCACUACUCAUUGUACUUGCAAAAAAAGUCCUCUACUUCCUUGCGGUCUAACCUGAGCGCCUUGAGGCUCCAACCAGGGUCAAUGUCAAGUAGAAAGCGUGGUUUGCGCCGACCAGCCAUUAUCCACAAUUGUAGCAUAACUGGUUAUGUUACCAGCUGUAGUUACCAAGGUACUCGAGGCCACGGCGCGACAGCCGCGCUCGAACACAUAGCAGGACAAGAUGGAAAUUCGCCACAUUCUCGGCAUCGCCCUCCUGGCGCUGCUGCUUUCGUACACAGAUGCUGGAAUCAUUGCAGAGAGCGACGCCCCGGGGAGGGUCAGGAGGCAGAGCGGCGGGCUCAUCAUUGCCGGGGGAGAGAAUGCACAGCGUCCGAGCGUGGGAGCUCUGAGUUCUGGCAAUCGGUUCCGCCCCGCUCCGCCUAUUCGCCGUGGUCCCCGCCCCAGCCAACGCCGCUGCCUCAGAUACAACCGGUACGGACAAUGUCUCUACUGGGCAAGGUAUUAGUGAUCGUCUUUGGAUCCAGGGAUCUCGUUAAGCGUUAAGGAAAACUUUAGACUUUGUUCCCAAGCAGCGUUCUUCAUGUAGAAAACUUGCCUAUGUUCGAUGUAAUUCUACUUUUGUUCUAUAUCUCUUUGUUCUGUUUGCUGAUCAAAAUGUGUAUUUUUCAUUCAUUUUAACAAUGAAUAAAGCAGGGAGCUAUAUAUCCUGUUUAGUAUAA